UUAAAACAGUAGCCAUCACCUGCGCAGAGUCGCAGACUAUGCAUCCCCAAUCGCUAUCACGCAGGCACCUCGCUCUCAAAGACUCGAACUCAGUUGGCCUUCGUAUCUCUCGCAGAGAAAACAUCAGCCUUAACUCGUAAGGUCUUCAUGGUUUUGGGUACUGCUUCUACCAUUGCGCCUCGAACGGAUUAUCGACAUCGACUACUUUUGCCAUUGUCCAAAUCGAACAAGACCAGCGGGGAACGCUCCAAAAUCCAACACUUCCUCACUCUGUCUCUCUUUUUUUCUCGCCCACCAAAAGGAAGCAGAGCCAACACAAGAAAAAUUAUUUUCUUCGUGAUUGCCGUGGCCUCUCGUCCACAACGGUGGCAAAACUCAUGAUUUGUAGUCUGUUGGUGACGUGAAUAAGGAGGUGCUUACGUUUUUUUUUUAUGUGUGUGUGUGGUCAGAGGGGGACGGAGAAGCAGAAGAUGAUGAUGACAGGCCAGGUGGUUAAGCUACAGUGGGAGAAACUCGCCGUAUGCAUGACCUGUCCUUUAUGCAAUAAGCUCUUCAAAGACGCCACCACCAUAUCUGAGUGCCUCCACACCUGUUGCAGGAAGUGCAUAUAUGAGAAGCUAAUUAGUGAGGAGUUGAAUCACUGUCCCGUGUGCAAUAAAGAUUUGGGUUGUGCUCCACUGGAGAAACUAAGGGCACACCACAAUGUGCAAGAUUUAAGGGCUAGAAUCUUCCCUUUUGUAAGGAAAAAGGCCAAUGCACCUGAGGUGGAACCCUCAGUUCCAUUUUCUGGAAAACGGAAGGAGAGAUCCCUCUCUCCAUUUAGGGCCAGCAUACCUAGAAUAAAAUGCGCUGCAAGAAAGUGUCUUCCUCUACUUGAACCUACUCUUUUUGUUGAUGUGCCUGUUGAAAAGGAGGGAGAUGAUAAGAAAGUGGGAGAUCAUCGUCUAAGUUUAAGCUCAAGUGAGACUCUACAUGAAAAUUUGCAAAAUAGAAGACAGGUGGAAGCUGCAAGCAAAACAAAAUCUAUUAAGUUCACCAUGCAUGGAAUGGUGGUCAAGCCAGCACUGCCUAAAGCCAAAAUUAAGGGACAUGGUAAUAAAUCAAAAGGCCAUGGUGAUGACAAUGGCUCAAUGCCUGCACCAUCAAGUUUAGUGAAAACUAGAAAGUUCCAUGGUGUUCGACAAAGAAGAGCUGCUGUCUCUGAAGGCUUGAUUAAUAUUCCAGGACAAGCUCUGAUUGAUGUAGAUUAUAAGAAUGACAGAAGAUUUAGUCCAAUUUGGUUCUCAUUAGUUGCCUCUAAUGACCAGGAAGGAGAUUCACCCUUGCCACAGAUAUCCUCAUGCUACUUGCGGGUUAGGGAUGGUAGUUUACCCGUUUCAUUUAUAAAAAAAUAUCUUGUGAAAAAACUGGAUCUUGAUAGCGAGGCCGAGGUGGAGAUCUUGUUACGUGGUCAGCCAAUAAUUUCUACACAGCAAUUUCAUGACUUGGUAGACUUGUGGUUACAGACAAAACCAAUGUCAGAAAGAAUUCAGACAUCUAUGGGCCGCUCAGCCAAGGAGUUUGUGAUUGUUCUGCCUUAUGGUCGAAAGAUAGACCCCAUGAAUAUGCUUCGAUGAUGCUUUAGGGUCAUCUCUUACUGAUCUCAGUUACCUAAAAAAGGCAGCAUUAGUCUUCCCAGCAUGCAUGCACGUCCAUGAAAAUCUUAAAUUCCCUUCUGUUGUAUUGAAACCACCCUUGCAUAAAAUAGGCUAGAGCUAUGAAUCUAUCUAUGAUGAGUUGUGAUGCGAUAAUUGUUAA